GCUGUUGUAUGGCGGCUCUCGCACGAACGGACGAUAGGGUUGUUGAAUAGCGUCAUCGUGAUCGCGGUACCUCGUCGAGAGCGCGAUAUUUAUGUGUCACCGAGGUCGCCGGCGGAUACCAAACGUUUAAUCACAUCUAUUGAAGUAGCACAGCAAAGUCAAGCAUGAGGCGCAAGAGCGAAAGGAACAAAGCUAAAGGAUCUCCUGAGAAAAAAGUUGAGAAACCGACAAGGAAAUCGACACGUAGGCGUGGCAGAAGAUCGCCUUCUACUUCAUCUGAACAAGAUACUUUCGUCGAGGAUGCUAAGAGUGCCAUUCAAGUCAAAGAGAUCGAACAAAAAGAGACAAGCAUGCAGACGCGCCUGCAGAGCAAAGAAUUGGAGCAGACAUCACAAGGACGUGAGGAGAAAAUAUACCCUAGUGAGAUAGACAUAAAAGUGGAUUCACCGGAAGACGAGGAGGACAACGGCGGCUCCGUGUGGAAAGUGGCGAGGGCGGAUGCGUCGCCCGGCGAAAUACAGAAGCUGAAACUAUGUAGGCAGCGCAACACGUCAGAAGCAUCAUCAGACACAGCACCGUCGAGUAGGAAAACUGUCAAGUCAAGUGGCAAGUGGCAAGAAAGUGGUGAGGGCAUUGCAGAGGAGGCUGACUCGGCAGAUGAGCAACUGGUUUCUUGUACAAGAACGCUCAGUAGCGCUGAACAGCCGAACGAUCCCUCCUCUUCAUACCCAGGUCAGGACUCCAACGAAGAGGUAAGUGAUAGCAAGGAGAUCCUGCCUGAAACCACUUCAGCCAACUUGUUGUCUGACGAUAAACCAAACAUAGAUCAGCAUGGUGAAUCAAAUGAGGCAAAUUGCGCUGCCCAAAUCGUUGAUAGCGAACCUGGUAAGCCGGGUAGCACGACAGCCGCAUCAUCUCCUAGCCCAAAUGGUGAUGAUACUUGCGAGAAGACUGCCACCGCUGUCACGGAAGUUAAGGAAGAAAAAUCUGCAGAAGACAUCAUCGAAAAGCCAACGGAAACGGAAUUUAGCAAAGAGACUAGUGUAGAAAACGUAGCUAAUAGAGAUACGAGUAGCGAGGAUGAGGACGAUAAAGUGAAAACGCAUCGUCCGGCGGAUUCGUCAUCCGAAUCGAAUGACGAGUCUCGUCUUAAAAGUAGCAGAGCAAGUAGCGACCAAGCGUCGCCACGCACGAUUCGUAGGAAACCUCGUAGUAAAUACAGAGACUCGUCUAAUUCAGAGACACCAGAUUCCGAGGAUGAACCUAUUGAAAGAAAAGUAGUCUCUGAGCCUUACGCCGAAGAGGAGGAAGAGGAGAAACAAAGUACGGAAUGUUCGCAAGAGAAUAAGGAACAAUCGGCGUCACCGGAAAGAACCAACUCUCACUCGAACAAUGUAGAAAAAGUGGAGAUCGAGCAAUGCGAAACUGUUCCGGAUAAAUCGGAGGAAAGUACGAAUGAAAAGUCGGAACAGAUUGCACCGGUCAGCACCCAGACGGUCGUUCACAAACCUGUUAAAGUCAAUUUGAAGAGAUCAUUCUCGGCAAGAAUAUUAUCUGAAAAAAAUGAAGUGAAAAGAGACGAUGCCGAUGCAAGUGUUGAUAAUGAAUCUAGUAAUCAAAAUAAGGAAAAUGGCAGUGAACAAGAACCAAAAUGUGUGCCAAGGAAACGUCGAUGGGGAACGGCACUUUCUACAGAUACAACGCCUUCAUUCUCUAUCUCAACUGAUUCACUCAAGGCCUUGGUACCAGGUGCAAAGCCAUUAUCUAUCAAUGAAGUUCGUCUUUCGAAAGACGACGACGAGGAUAGAGAUCGUCAUAGGAGUAACGACAAGCGGCACAAUUCCAACGAUAGUACAAACGAUAGUAAGGUGACGGAGGAAAACUUGCAGAAGAAUGGUGCUGCUAAAAAGGGAAAUGCAAAAGUGGAUAAUCACCUCGCAACGAGGCGAAAGAUAUCGAUCGUGAAGGAAGUAGCACAUGUAAAAUCGCCGAGUCCACCAGCGUCUAAACCUACUAAUAUCCUCUUAAUCAAGAAUCUGGUUCGCCCCUUCACGCUAAAUCAGAUUAAAGAGCUUCUUUCGCGUACCGGCACCAUCGUGGAAAACGGAUUCUGGAUGGAUCGAAUUAAGUCCAAAUGCAUCGUCGAGUAUUCCAACGAGGACCAGGCCUUCGAGACGAGACAAGCGCUUCACGGGAUCUCCUGGCCGAUGUCAAAUCCGAAGAAGCUUCACGUAGAGUACGCCACAAGCGAGGAUAUGGAAACUGCUCGGGAAUCAUCCAAGGAACAACCGAUUGCUCGCAAAGCUGAGCUACUAUCAUCGUCGGAUGCAUGGCAGCAGGAUUGGGUUCGCGAUGAAAAGACUAAUACAACCAAAGUAACCGUGGUGAGAGAGUGGGACUUGGGCAAGGAGGACGGUCCGCAGCACAUCAGGGAGAAAGAGCGCGACAAGAAGGAGCAGGACAAGAAGCGACGAGCGAGGAGUCGGAGCCCAACGUUGGACGCGCACCUAUCGGCACCAGCUCGUAAGUUCAAGAAGAAGGAGGACGAUCCGCCGCCGGCUAAGCUCCUGGACGAUCUCUUCAGAAAGACGAAGGCAACACCUUGCAUAUACUGGUUGCCACUUACAAAUGAGCAGAUAGUAGUAAAGGAAGAGAUGCGGCGACAACACAUGGCGGAACAUGCGCGUAGGUUAGAAGAGAUGAGACGUGCCGACCGAAAUAGGGACGGCCGACGUCGGCGCAGUCCAAGAAAAUAGAGAGCAACGUAUUUUCUGCAAAUGUAUCUUUCCUUCUCUGACCUGACCCUAACCUUGAAUUUGGCUUUAGUCAACUCACUUCGUCCUAUCAGUUCUGCAUCCUACUUUUUUCCCACUACAUAUUUAUUGCGGAUACGUUGUUUUGCUUUCUUUUUUUGUAUCUGAAUUGGUCGACAACAUCCAAUAGGUCAAUAUAUUUCAAUAUUCUUCAAUAUUUAAAUAUUCUUUAUACAACUUAAACUUACCUUCUUUCGAUAAAAGUGAAGACAUCAAUUUCGAAUAUUUGGUUCGCAAUAGUUUCCGUCGUAGUUUUUUUCUCUCUCAAUUCUAUCCUUAUUUUCUUCCUUCAUUCUCCUUAUUUCGAUUUCGAUUGCAUCAAUUGAUGUACAGCUAUCCAGAGUUCCUUCAAUUCCUAGUUUCCUGUCCCCGUGUAUCAGGAUUAAACCAUGCUUCUUACAGGUCAACGUUUAUCUAUCCCACAGAGAGCCAAUAACUGUAGAUCUGGCGCAUAGUGGUACUGUGUUUACCUCGACUCACGGCAGAUGAUACCAAUUCGCAUUCUCUACGCCAUAAUGAAACAACAUGUGACAAUGAGAGACAAAAAGCGUGCUCGCAGCAUCCGCACGAAACUUUUACGACGUGGGAAACUCCUCUUUGAAGAAAAUAGACAAGACACAUUGUUGGAUGUGGAAUAAUCAGGCACUCAUGACUCGAGUAAUGUUCGUUCUUUUGCUUUUUUUUUGGUUUUCUUUUUAUUAACUCGACUCUGACAAGUCUGCACGAAUGGAUCUGGAUGUUAUCAAAUUACGACGUUAUCUGAGUGGAAAAUACUAUUGUCCGAAAUAUAGAAGAGUAUCAUCGUGAAAACAUUGUAUUGAACGUUGAUAGACAAAAAAAAUGGAACUUUAUUUCUGCGUUAAGUAUUCUUCGUAGUGUACUUUGACUUCCUUGAGCACGACGCUCCUAAUCUUUGGAAGCAUUGCGUUAAUUUUUGUGACCCGUGCGAUAGCGCAGGGCGAAGACACGUAUGUAAAUAACCGAUAUUCCAUGGUGUGUCAUGUAAAAUUAUUAAUAAAUAUAAAACAAAAAAAAGAACACGAUGUUAAGACAUACAAAGUACAUUUACCGCUUACUUUUUACGAUACAUCGAUUGGAGAAUUUGUUAUUCACUUGUAGCCGAAAGAUCGAGAGCAUGUGAUAAACAAAUACAUUUAUGCUUAAAA